AUGGUAGCAGUUGAAGGGGUUGCGGUCGGGCUCGAGAAGGGCUUCAAGGUAACGAAAAACCCGCAAAAGAAGCCACGACAAAACAGAAGAAAAGGUAGAAUAACGAAAAGAAAUAAGAUGAUUAGAGAGCUGGUUAGGGAACUAGUUGGUUUUUCUCCGUACGAAAGACGUGCUAUGGAGCUGCUUCGUAUUAGCAGGGACAAAAAGGCGUUGAAAUUCCUGAAGCGACGUAUUGGUGCCCACAAACGAGCUCUAAGGAAACGAGAAGAAAUGCAGGGCGUGUUAGUGCAUAUGCGUAAACACAGACAGGAGCACAAAUGA